AUGAGACACUUCCUCAUGCUGGUUUGGUUCCUGGCAAUUACUGUGCCUGCUGUGCCUGGGGGCUUGCUGGAGCUGAAGUCAAUGAUUGAGAAGGUGACAGGCAAGUCUGCUCUGACCAACUAUGGCUUCUACGGCUGCCACUGUGGCUGGGGUGGCAAAGGGACCCCCAAGGAUGGUACUGAUUGGUGCUGCUUGAACCAUGACCAGUGCUAUGGACAUCUGGAGGAGAAAGGCUGCCAUAUCCGGACUCAGUCUUACAAAUAUCGAGUCUUGUGGAGAUAUGUCAUCUGUGAGCCUGGGUCCUUCUGCCAGGUGCAACUCUGCACCUGUGACCAGAAUCUGGCGCACUGCCUGAGGAGAAACCUUUGGACCUACAACCCUUUUUACAGAUAUUUUCCCAACAUCUUCUGCACUUAG